AUGUGUCAUAAAGUAUGUAUAAUAAGUUAACAAAAUUAAAAUAUUUUAUUGUUAAACAAAUUGAUACAUUUAUUUCUUAUCAUUCUUUUCGUGCUCCUCUUUCUUCUUUUUUUUACUUUCAUAGUGUUUUAUUUUAUUUUCCAAGCUCUCUGUAAGAAAAAUUGUACAUUUAAUGUAAUUAUUUCCUCUCGAAACAUUGAAAAUAGAAAAAUUAUAGGAUUCGAAUACUAACCACAAGUGGGUCGUUUCAUUAAUCGUUGAUACACUCUAGGUUGUAUACCAAGUAAUAAACAAUUGCUUUGAAAAAGCGUAUCUUUACAAUCUAUUGAAUCUUCCAAAUCCGAUAACAUAUUUUCAAUCAUGACUGACCUGAAAUUAUUUUUUAUAAAUAAGCAUGAAUUGACAAUAUAAUUUUUUGUACUAAAAUAAAUAUGUGUUAGUGUAUUAUUUAAAAUUAUACAAAAUCGUAAGAUUAUUUAUAAAGGUGUAUGUAACCCAUGUAUUAACAAUUUGUAUUUCUUCUAAGACUGUUUAUAAGGAGUCAUAUAUUAUUAACAAAUUAAAAUAUACAGUUUAAGAUUGUAUAUACUUUAUCGUGUUCAAAGUCCAAUCCUUUUGUAGAAAUUUUAUUGUAUUUAUUAAUUCAUCUUUAUCAAUGUACCAUUCCUUGGUAUCAUACUCACAAUACCAAAGAUUUAAUGAAUCAAAAAUGCCUGGAGAACCAUCUAUGACCAGUGGAAAUAAGAGUUCUGGGAAAAUCAAGCGCAUUUCUAUUCCAAGAGUACAAAGUAGUACAGAUACAGAGUUGCAAUCGCAAAGUGGAUCUACUCCAUUGCAACCAACUGCACUUCAUUAUGCAGCUUUUCGUACAGACCCUGAUGACAGUGUACUACCAUCAACUUUACGAUGUCGACUUUUUGAAUUAUUUCAACAAAUAGAAAAAGAGUUUGAAGUUUUAUACACAGAAAAUUUAGGACUACAAGAGAAAAUAGAUACUCUUAAUGAGAGGCUUGAAAGAGAAUGUUAUGGUUCUGGAGAACGCAGCUUACCUCUUGGAGAUGUUGCAGACUUUCCAGAUACAAAGACUAUGGCAGGGAAUUCAGCACCAAAAACAAAAACAACUUCUAAUAAGUUGAAAGCACAGACUAGUAAAAUAGUCUCCAGUUUUAAAACACCAACUAUGACAUGUAGUAUGCAAAGGGAAUAUUCUGGACAUAGAGAUGGUGUUUGGGAAGUUUCUGUUGGAAGAUCAGGACAAAUUAUUGCUACAGCUUCUGCUGAUCAUACUGCUAGAGUUUGGGCUAUGGACAGUGGACGUUGUUUAUUACAGUAUAUUGGUCAUUCUGGUUCUGUUAACUCUGUACGUUUCCAUCCUACCAAAGAGUUGGCCCUUACAUCAAGUGGAGAUAAUUCUGCUCAUGUAUGGCAAGCUGCAGUAGAUUGGGAUUUGCCUAAAAGACAGACUUCAUCUGAAGAUCUUUCAUGUUUGAGUUCUGACAGAAAUCUCAGCGGUAUAACUGCUUUGAAUGAAGAACAAGAAGAACCUCCUACAUUAAGAACUCCGAUACGAGAAUUAUUAGGACAUACGGGUGUCGUAAUGGCUGCAGAUUGGUUACCUGAUGCAGAACAAGUGGUCACUGCUUCUUGGGAUAGAACCGCGAAUCUAUAUGAUGUAGAAACUGGAGAAAUUAUUCAUACGUUAUGUGGACACGAUCAAGAACUUUCGCAUGUUUCAACUCAUCAUACGCAACGACUUUGUGUUACUUCAAGUAAGGACAGUACUUUUCGUCUGUGGGAUUUUAGAGAGCCCAUCCAUUCGGUUUCCGUUUUUCAAGCUCAUACCGAAACUGUGACAUCGGCUGUUUUCACGCGUGAAGAUAAAAUCGUUUCUGGUUCGGAUGAUCGAAGUGUAAAAGUAUGGGAAUUACGAAAUAUACGAAGUCCUUUAGCUACAAUUCGAGGCGAUAGUGCCGCUAAUCGAUUAGCAGUAUCAAGCACUGGUACUGUUGCAAUUCCACAUGAUAAUAGACAAAUUAGAUUAUUUGAUCUCAAUGGUCAACGAUUAGCUAGAUUGCCAAGAACUAGCAGACAGGGUCAUCGAAGGAUGGUCUCGUCGGUAGCCUGGGCUGAAGAUAGCGGAGUUUGUAAUUUGUUCUCUUGUGGUUUUGAUAGAUUAGUCCUCGGAUGGAGUAUCGUACCUCUUAAGGAAUGUUAA